GUCCCUUUCCUCCCACGUUGCAGCAGUCAGGAACGUGUCCCUUAGAAGCCGCCAUCAGUCCUGCCAUUGUAUACAUUACACGAGGUUCUUCCCUGCGAGCCCAUCAUUCCUUUACCCAACACCCGUCUUCUUUUUUCCCCGCCUCCCGCACGAUGGCAGAUCAAACUCCGGCCAUCAGCACUCAGUCUGCUGUCGCCUCUGUCGAGCAAUUCCUCCAAGCGCUUCCUCCUGAGCUGAUCCUAAACAUCAUUGGUUGGCUCGCCCUGUCCCCCACCAUUAACACUGUAUGCGCUUCCCGCACCCUCUACAAUCAAAGCCUCCCGCACCUUCACACCCACCCGAGAUUGGAUGAAGGCAACGUCGAGGCCUUCUACGGCCACCUGUUCGGGCUGUCGAAUGUCGAGGACUUUGAGGAUGAUACCGGUGUGAUUGAAUUCUACUUUCACCGCCAGGCGGUGACGACUUAUGAAGCUGAGCUCCACGACUACUACGGCCUCGCGCCUCUGCUCCGCAAGCUCUUCUGCCUUCAGCACGCCAAGACGUUGACGAUCUGUGACUCGGUCGCUCUUCAGAAGACUGUCGUUUCCGUAUCCCACUAUCACUCUUGGGUCAACUACGUUCGCCGUUGUGUCUUCAAGACGCCCGAAAUCAAGAAGCGUCUGGAGGCUCCCCUGUUUCAAGAGGUGGAAGAGAUCGUCAUCUAUCGCGAGGAUAUUGCCAAGGAUGCGUCGAAGGAUGAGAUCAAAUGGGAGUGUUUUCUCAGUCUGAUUGAGGUCUUUCCCCAGCUCAAGGAUGUCGUCUUGCACUUGCCUUCAGCUAUCCCUUGCGAAGGCUUCUAUGACCCGAUGAUCAAGGAGCUGGGCACCGGACACCUCGAGACAUUGACCAUCUAUGGCUUGUCCCCCGCUGCCCGCGAGGACUUGGAAAAGGCAAUGGGAAAGAAGUUGGCAGAGGCGGUGAUUUUCCAUACCAUUUGAGUAUAUGUAGAAUGCCUGAUGUUGAACGACGAUGAUGGACCGAAAAGGAGUAAGGUCGUCUAGAUGCCCGGGGAUAAUUGGGACUCAUAUGUGCAGAUUACUUGUCUCUUUCACGAACGAAUAUCGAAUUUCAAGCACGGGCAUCCUCAAAGGAAAGCGCAGAUACAAUUUCAUAACAUAUAAACUCCCUUUUUCAACUUAUCGCCCGCGUGCUUGAUGUUGCAGUCGGUUCUUUAAUUCCAAUCCCCAUGCUUAUCAGUCUUUCUGAACAUGCCAAGUAUUGAAUAUGCAUAUACACAACAGGUCCGAGAGCCACGGGCUCACUAGGCUUCCUACAACUACAUAUAUACCCAAUAGCAUGCAUCGUACCUAUUACAUCCGAAGAA